CCAGAAUCUCUUCAAGUGACUCACAGCAGCACCAACAGUCGCAAUGAAAAUUCUAAUCUCUUUCCUCCUUCUGUUGCUGCCACUAAUGCUGAUGCCUGUGGUCUCUAGCAGCCCAAAUCCAGGGGUCGCCAGAGGCCAUCGGGACCAUCGCCAGGCUUCUAAGAGGCGGCUCCAUGAAGGCGGCCAAGAAUGCGAGUGCAAAGACUGGUUCCUGAGAGCCCCUAAAAGAAAACUCAUGACAGUGCCUGAGAUGCCAAAGAAGCAGUGUCCCUGUGAUCAGUUCAAGGCCAGUGUGAAGAAAACCAGGCACCAAAGGCACCACAGGAAGCCAAACAAGCACACCAGAGCCUGCCGGGAAUUUCUCAAACAAUGUCAGCUAGCAAGCUUUGCUCUGCCUUUAUAGGAGCUCUGAGGGCUCGCUCUCCCAGUGAAACAUUUUCAGUCAAGAUGUUAGUGAGCGCACCUAGAGGAUGCUUUUCUCCCACUUCCCGCUCCCCCUCCCUGUUCCCCACUCCAGUGUUCUCACAAAGCAUUUUCCCCAAGAUUAUUGCUCCCUCUUCUCUUGUCAGGCUUUUCCUGUGCACCCCCCCUUUCCCGGGCUUAAGCUUAGUUGCCUGAAAGAAACCUGGAAACCCAGGUUUCUUAACUGGUCCCAAAUAACCUUAAAUAUAACCAGGCAAGUAACAAACAGAAGUCAAUAAAUACUUUUAAAUGUAGUAAGUCAAAAUCAUUUCUUUCAAACGGGGUCUGGCAACUCAUCCCAUCCCCACCUUAGCCUGUUUACUGCAAACUCUACCCAGAUUCUACACACACUUCUCCCCACCACCAGCCUCACUCUUCCUCUCCACUGCCCAAUUUUU